AUGGAUUCAUCUCAGCGAAAUGGCCCGCAACAUAGCUCGCCAUCAGAAAAGCUGUCGUCCAUGAACUUGAACAGUACACCCACCAAGCGCACUCUAAGUGACCAUUUCUUAGACACUUCCUCGCCGGGCUCUGUGUUCGAUGCCACUCCCUCACUUCGAAGCCGUUCGAUGACUGGUAGUCCUUCUUUGAUUGGCAGUCCAUCUCCUCGCACAAGUCCUUCGCCCCUACCACAAGCUCUGAACAGACCUAAGAGGCAUGUUUUUGCUAAAAAGUCUUCACGUGCAACUCAUGCAGGAAGUUUGGGCAAGGCUUCUGUUGACAAAUUGUCUCCAAAACUUCCAUAUGAACUGUGGGACAUGAUAUUCCGUGCUGUUCUGGCCACUGAUAUGGGAGAGGAAUGGAACGUUCCUUCUGGAGCUAUCUAUCAAGGUCCUAGGGCGAAGGAAGUAAUGUCAACCCUCAGACUUGUGAACCGAGAAUGGAGCCAUAUUCUAUCUCGACGCCUAUUUUCGCACGUCUCUGCGAUGGUUGGCCUAGUUGCCGGUCGACCUCUAGAAGCUGUUUUCAAGAUUUCCGAAAGCCGAUUCGCCUCCUGCGUACAUGACCUGCACGUUGGCAUAAUAGGACCUUGGCAAAAUGGAUUGGAUUAUGAGCAAUACAUCACAGAUCUGUCAACAGGAGCUCUCUCAGUGCUUAUUAGUCGUUUCUCGAACCUCCGAACCUUGCGGCUACAAUCGCCUACCCUGAUCGCUCCAUUUUCUCCCGAGGAUCAAAUAACGGUGACACUUCUCUCCAAUCUAACAAACUCUCUCGUGCAUGCCUUGCGCUAUGUUUCUCUACCGAGGCUGAGAUCUCUCUAUUUGACCUUGCCUGUCACAGCAGAAUUUGGGCGCUUCUUUGUGUCCGAGAGCUAUGCCAUGGACUUUCGAAGCAUUCUCGCGCAACUCCAAGAACUGCAUCUUGUCGUCAACGAUGACUCUGGGCGUGACGGCCACCGGGACAUGAAACGACCUCGCUCGCUGGUCAAAACUAAAUUCCCAUUACAAGCAUUCUGUGGAUAUCUCAUCACUGUCAUCAGUUCCACUAGGCAGCUUAAGAUUCUCAGCGUGGAGACCCGCGCUCCUUUGGAGUUAAGCAGCUUGGAGUCCCACAACUUGAACCAAAUGACGUGUUUCAGACUCGUGGGUGUGAGUAUCACCUUUGAGUCCCUCCGGGACGUUCUUAUGUGUGCUUGUGCCACACUGCGUCGCAUCGAGCUGGAACAUGUUCUACUGAUGACUGGCACCUGGGCAGACCUUUUUGACCUGUGUCUCAAUUAUUUUCCCAAGAUCGAGUUCUUUGCGACUACGCAAUGUGGCUAUGCGAGGUCGGGUGUCAGUUCUCAUCUCAGUGGCCACGCAUAUGCCUUCUUGCCAGCUCCUCUUUUGACUCGCAAUGACCCUGACUGGACUGCUCUCGGGAAGGUGAGGAGAAUGGUGAAUGAUACCCGUAAGACGCUAGGACUAUGCCCCUUUUCACAGUCUACCUGGGUACAGCGGCAUUUGACGUUCAUGUAG